ACUCUCCAUGAUUGAGAGCUUCAGAGUGAUCAAAACCCUUUUGUGUUUUCUUCAAUACUUUUUUUUAACUCUCUAAAAAUUUCUCUGUUUGUUUUGGGAAGUGAGAUCUGAUGAUAUUACCUGUGUUUAAGCUUGGCACACUUGCCCUCAAAUCUUUCUGUAAACCUAUCGGUAAUCGAAUCAAGAAAGAGGCUGGAUACCACCCCAGGUUCCGAAAUUUCAUCAUCAACAUUGCCCAGGCAAACCAUAGAUUGUCAACUAAACUGCAAAGACGUAUAUAUGGUCAUGCAACUGAUGUGGCAAUUCGCCCAUUAAAUGAAGAUAAAGCCGUUCAAGCUGCUGCUGAUCUUCUAGGUGAACUCUUUGUGUUCUCGGUUGCUGGAGCGGCCGUUAUCUUUGAGGUGCAAAGAAAUUCCAGAUCUGAAGCUAGAAAGGAGGAAGUUCGGAGGAAGGAACUAGAGGCAUUGAAGCAGCGAGACGAUGAGCUGAGUAGAGAGCUUGAGUUCCUUAAGAACAGAAUUGAUGAACUGGAGCAACAUUCCAAAACACGAGGAAUAAGUAGUAUUUUUAGCAUCAGUCAUGCAGAAAGUACUAAGGAUAAAGUAAAAGCUGGUUGAUCCUCUGCUAGUGUUGUGCUAACAUACAUACACAUUGUAAG